AUGACCCUACUCACAGUCCCGACCGCGGCGAUAUUGCUGCUACUCGUUGCGGCGUUAUUGCUGGUCCCUAGGCUUCGUUUGAAAUCCCGCUUCCCCCCGGGUCCUCCAAGGCUCCCAUUCCUCGGCAACAUGCACCAGAUGCCGACCUCCAAGGCCUUCCUAUCAUACCAAGAAUGGUCGACGACGCACGCGGCGUCCUCCUCGGGCCUCCUCGGCUUCCACCUCGGCCCCUCGGCCAAGCUGCUCGUGCUCAACAAGUGGGAACAGGUGCGCGACCUGCUCGACCUCAAGGGCGCCAUCUACUCGAGCCGGCCGUACGUCCCGGCGCUGGACUACGCCCUGCCGCCGCCGCACGACCAGCACGCCGCCUUCACGCCCUACGGGCCCAAGUGGCGCAAGCAGCGGCGCACCAUCGACGACUUCCUGCGCGACCACCGCAGCGCGCAGAGGGUCGUCCCGAUCCAGCGGGCCGAGAGCACGCAGAUGGUCUGGGACCUGCUCCGCCACGGCCGCGACUGCCACGACUACAUGCUGCGCUUCUCGGCCGCCGUCAUCCUGGCGUCCGUCUACGGCCAGCGCUGCAGGGACGGCGGGCCCGGCAGCUGGAGCCACCGCUUCUUCGAGACCAACCAGCGCUUCGCGGACCUGGUCGACGCGUCCUCCAGCCCGCCGCCCUACGGCGUGUUCCCCGCGCUGCGCCGGCUGCCCGCCGCCCUGGACCCCUGGCGCGCGUGGAAAGAGCGCGCGCGCCGGCUCGGCCGGGACAAGAGCGACCUGUACCGGGGCCUGUUCGGCGCGGCGCGCGACGGGAUCGGGCGCGGCCGGAGGCUGGACUGCUUCGUGGCUGACGUCCUGGCCGAGAACGAGCGCGCGGUCGCCGAGGGCAGGCAGGCCUACACCGAGGACGAGAUGGUCAUCUCCGCCGGCGUGCUGUUCGAGGGCGGCGCCGACACCACCGCCAUGACGUUUGAGACCUUCUCGCUGGCCAUGGCCGCUCACCCGGAUGCGAUGCGCCGGGCGCAGGAGGAGGUUGACCGCGUCUACGGCGGUGAGAUGCCGCAGUCGGCUGACGCCAAGGAGCUGCCGUUUUUGAUGGCCUGCAUCUUUGAGACCAUGCGAUUCCGCCCCCCGUUCCCCACGUCAAUCCCUCACGCCACCACCGAAGACGACACGUACCAGGGCUACUCGAUCCCCAAGGGGACCAUCGUCGUGAUGAACGUCUGGGCGCUGCACCAAGACCCGAACGAGUACGAAGACCCGGACCGCUUCUUGCCGGACCGGUUCCUGCGCAACCGGUUCGGGGCGAAGCACGACCGCGUCGAGGGCGGAGGAGACGACGCCAAGUCGCAGCAGGGGUUCAGGAGGGACACGUGGGCGUUUGGGGCCGGGCGUCGCGCCUGUCCCGGCAGGCGGUUCGCAGAGAACACCCUCCUCAUGCUCACGGCCAAGGUGCUGUGGGCCUUUGACAUCGUGGCCACGGGCGAGCUGGACUUGGACGUCAGGACUGGGUUCAAGGAUUCCAUCUUGAUCGCACCCAAGGAGUGCUCGUUUGAGUUUGUGGUCAGGAGCGAGGAGAAGAGGGUAACUAUUGAACGGGAGUGGGAGAAGGCCGAUGUGUUUCUUUCGAGGUUUGAGUAA